AUGGAUAUUCUGGCUCUCAUCCAAGCUAAUCCUAUCGUCAACGAUAUCUACCAACAUCUCGCGCCCUACCUAAUGCAAGCAUAUCCCUAUCUCCUGCGCGCCUAUCCGCUGCUGCACAGCACCUACCGCUCUCUCUUCAGCAAAAUUCUGCAUCCGCUCUACCUCUUCACCAUAACGCACAUCAUGCCACUGUUUCUCCCCCUCCUCGAAGCCACGCUCAAAGUCGCGAGUCAGAGUCCGGGAAUCGCGGUCGUGGUGGGGGUUUUGGCCGUGGUCUGGUUUAUAUUUUUCCUGAUGAGUUUGAUGCGCAGGAUGGUGGCGUGGGGGUUGCGCGUGGUGUUUGGAUUGGUAUUUUGGGGGGUGUUGGGCGGAGUGGCGGUGAUGGUUUUGCAGAGGGGGGUGGGGAGGACUGGGGUGGAAUUGGUCGAGGGGGGAAGGUGGAUGCUGGAUGUCUUUUGGAGUGAGUAUUUGAAGGCGAGGAGGGAGCAGGAGAUGAGGAGGUGA